AAUAGCCGGGCGGCGGGAGGCUGGCUGCAGAGCGGGCCCCAGUCCGUCCCAGUCUCUCCACCCUGCCGCCUGCCCUCCCGCAGCAUGUACUCCAGCAGGAUCGAGGUGCCCCGACGGGGGCGAUCCUUCGACUCCAUGAGCAGCAGCUUCGAGGAGAACCAGCUCAACAACGUGGUGGAGAACCUCUCCUCCCUCUCCGUCCUCAACGAGAUCUACAAGUCAAACUACAGCCGGAAUGAAGACAAUAAAGAAAAUGAAGACAACACAACUGAAAGGAGCAGAACCGCAGUCAUAUUCUCCUUAAAUAAUGAAGUUGGAGGACUUGUCAAAGCUCUGAAACUCUUCCAGGAAAAACAUGUGAACCUUGUGCACAUAGAAUCUCGAAAAUCUAGAAGACGAAAUUCGGAGUUUGAGAUCUUCAUAGCAUGUGACAGCAACAGGGAGCAGCUAGAUGAGAUCUUCCAACUGUUGAAAUCCCAUGUCAACGUUGUUUCUGUGAACCCAACAGACAAUUUCACUGUGCAGGAAGAUGAUAUGGAAAAUACCCCUUGGUUCCCUGAGAAGAUCUCGGAUCUAGAUAAGUGUUCAAACCGUGUUCUGAUGUAUGGAUCCGAUCUAGAUGCAGACCAUCCUGGUUUCAAAGACAAUGUUUAUCGGAAGAGACGGAAGUAUUUUGCAGACCUAGCUAUGAAUUACAAACAUGGUGACCCAAUUCCAAAAGUUGAAUUCACUGAGGAGGAGAUCAGAACUUGGGGUACCGUAUUCCGAGAGCUCAAUAAGCUCUACCCAACCCAUGCUUGUCGAGAAUAUCUUAAAAACCUACCUUUACUAUCCAAACACUGCGGCUACCGAGAAGACAACAUACCCCAACUUGAGGAUGUAUCACGUUUUCUCAAAGAGCGUACUGGAUUUACAAUCCGCCCGGUUGCUGGAUACCUGUCUCCCAGAGAUUUCUUGGCAGGCUUAGCGUUCAGAGUAUUUCACUGCACUCAGUAUGUAAGGCACAGCUCGGAUCCUCUUUACACCCCAGAACCUGAUACUUGCCAUGAACUUUUGGGUCAUGUUCCUCUUCUGGCUGAACCCAGUUUUGCACAAUUCUCUCAGGAAAUCGGCAUAGCAUCACUUGGAGCAUCUGAUGAAGCUGUUCAAAAGCUGGCAACUUGCUACUUUUUCACUGUGGAAUUUGGCAUAUGCAAACAAGAAGGCCGGUUGAGAGCCUAUGGAGCCGGUUUGCUUUCUUCUAUCAGUGAACUAAGGCAUGCUUUAUCUGGAAAUGCCAAAUUCAAGCCUUUUGAUCCAAGUGUCACCUGCAAGCAAGAAUGCAUGAUUACUACAUUCCAGGAAGUUUACUUCAUUUCUGAAAGCUUUGAAGAUGCAAAAGAAAAGAUGAGAGAAUUUGCGAAGACCAUUAAACGCCCCUUUGGAGUGAAUUACAACCCAUAUACGCAAAGCAUUCAACUCCUGAGAGACACAAGUGGCAUUGCGAAUGCAGUGAACGAUUUACGCCAUGAACUUGACAUCAUUGGUGAUGCCCUCAACAAAAUGGGCAAGCAGCUGGGAAUUUAACUUAGCUCAUGAUCUUUAGCCAGUCUGCACUCAAGGAUUAUGGAUUUCGAUCCACUUUAGACCUGAAAAUACUCUUUCUGUACUUCAUGUGGAGUGCCACUUCUCGUAAAACCAAUGGAUGAAUGAAAUGGGAACAUAUGCUCAAAACCUUCAUAUCAAUGUUUAUAUAAGUGUCUUUUUCCCGUUUUUCUUUUUUGGUCCCUCCUUAAUGAUCUGCAGACUUAAAUUCCUCUAGGAACAUUGAUGAAGGAUGGAUCUUGCAAACUGAAACAGUGGAAAGCUAAUGGUCCAUGUAGUUUAUUAUUCUGGCUAAUAUUAGCUGCUAUUAAGGAACCAACCCCCAAAUCAGUGGUUCUCCACCUGUGGGUCCUCAGAUGUUUUGGCCUUCAACUCCCAGAAAUCCAAACAGCUGGUAAACUGGCUGGGAUUUCUGGGAGUUCUGAGCCAACCCACAGGUUGAGAACCACUGCCCUAAACCAUGUACUAUACUAUCAUGCGAAAGUCAUACUUCAUGUACACUUCCUUACUGGGAUCAUGCACAUAAUGGUAGAUUUUGAAAUGAAGCGAAUACUUGCAUGUGUAAAUGGGCAAACAUAGAUUAAUAUGCCUAGACAAAACUGUACUAUCUCUUGCUCUCCAAUCAGAUACCAUACUUGUUCAAACAUUAUGUUAUAUUUUAUCAGAAAGCUGCUGACAAUCUUUGUUGUCAUCAGCUUUGGGGACAGUGUCAUGCAAGAGCCAUCCUUCAAUAUCAGGAAUCUGAUGUAAUAGCAUCACACAUUUGAUACAAUUAGAUCUGAAGUAUAAAAACACAUCCAAUCUAGACCUAAAAUACAGAAAUCUUUCAAUCCUCAUAAAUGAACCUUAUUUAUAAGUUUUCGUUAGUCUGAUAUCUGUUGACUCCAUUAACAUUGGGAUUGUCUAAUUCAUCAAGUGGUGAAAAACUCUCAAAACUCUCCAUAUGUAAUAUGAUGAUAAUGGGGUGGCAAGUCUUAGUUCUUGUUUGGGUUCCCAGUUCCAACCCAAUGACAAAGCAAUGGUUGGUGCCUUGCCCAGAUUACAUAGGAGCAGCUGAGUCAGGAAUGUUUCCACCAUUUUGAAUUUCUCAUAGUAUUUUAGGCCAGUGAUCCAUAGAGUAUUCUGGAACUGGGAGAAAUUUAAAAUGGCACCUGCUCUCUUAACCACUGUUGUCGAAGUAGAUCAGCUGACCAAAGUGGGCAACACAUGGCCUUUUAGCAGCUGCUGAGUCCUCUUGUCUCUUCUAUGAAGCAAAUUAUUACUGAGACGUCAGAAGACAGGUGCCUGCUUUUAAUCUUUGUUUAGUUAGCUCCUUCAAUGUAUAUUUGUAAUUGAUCUGCCUUUUGACGACCCUUUUUUGGGGGGGUAAUGUACAUUUUUGUCUUAAAACACACGUUGAAUUAGGAAUCUGAAGCUUUAAAUAAACACAGGAAAAACAAAGAGGGAUCAUGAAUUUGACUUCCUUUGCAUUUAUAAAGAACAGCAUAUGUUGGAAAGAACUGGAUUCUAAUAUGAAUGUGUGUGAUUUAUGGAUUUGGGUUCAUAAUCUGUACUAGUUUAGAGUGAUUUAUUGUAGUGCUAGAAUUUUCAAAACUCUAGAGUGCUUGGCAAACUGUUUUCCCAUUUUAAAAACUUGAUGCAAUUUUCAAAUACAAAAUAGAGAAAAUCAAACAAGCAAA